GACAAAGGAGGGAUUUGGAGACGAUCAGCUGCAAAGCACGGCAGGAACACAGCAGAAAGUUACAUGAGAAAGAAUAGAUUGAAUGGGAAGAAAUUUUCAAAUUAAAUAUCCCUGAGUACUGCGGUGGAUCCUGUAAACAGACAUGAAUAACCGCUCCAUCGCCUGGUGGCUCAGACAGAUCGGCCUGCCACAGUACAUCAAGACACUGGAGAAUGAAUAUUAUGGUCUGGAGGGUUUGCUGAAUAUAACAGAUGCAGAGCUGAGAGAUGCUGGGAUAGAAGAUGCAACACACAGAGAAACCAUCCUCACUCAGAUUUCAAGACAUAGGCAGAGACUAGACCCACACUCUGAUCAGCAGACUGUGAAGCGUCGAGUCAGUCGAAAUUACUCCCUGGGAUCCUACUCAGACCUGGAAAAGCCAAGGGAUUUGUUCCGUCAAAGUGUUCUUCCCCGCCUUCAGCGCGCUGAUAAAAAACACCGCCUGUCCGCUUCCUGCUCACAGCUCCGCCCCCUCAACGAGGAUAACGAUAUUAUUCAGGAGCACAAACACAGCAAGAGGAAAAGCAUCAGUGCGUAUUUCGGCCACCUGAAGGUGUUUGGUGGUCGGCGAGACAUGGAUUUACUGAGGAAAGAGCUCGAAGAAGAGCUGAAGCUCAGCACUGAGGAUCCGAGGAGCCAUGCAUGGUACCAUGGACCAUUGAACCGGGAGGUCGCAGAGUCUCUGUUCGAGAAAGACGGAGACUUCCUGGUCCGAGACUCGAGCUCUGCUCCGGGCGACUACGUUCUGAGCUGCUUCUGGAACAACUGCUUUCUGCACUUUAAGAUCAUAAAAGUCGUCCUCCGUCCAAAAAAGGGUUACUCUCGGUUACUGUACCAGUUUGAAGAAGAUCGCUUCGACAACGUUCCCGCUCUGAUCCGAUUCUACGUCGGCGGGCGUCGACCCAUCUCCAAGGCCUCGGGUGCUGUCAUCUUUCACCCAGUCACGCGGACCCUACCCCUGCGUGUCAUCUCUGAGCGACAGGCGGAGCUCAAAAACAGCAGCAGUAGAGAUGGAGGGGAGGAGAAACAGGCCAAACACAGCAAGAGACGCAGCUUCAGCUCCUCACAAAAAGACACGCUGCAGGUCAUCAAUCCACUGCUGAGGAGUGGAAGUCAGCCUGCUAACCUGGAGAAUGUUGGAAGGAGGCCUUCCCUUCAGUCUGCACAGUCUGACAGCAACCUGCAAACUGGUAUCCCACAGAGCUCUCAGUCAGAAGAAAGUCCCGAGUCCAUCUCCCCUGUGUUUCGCACCGGCAGCGAACCCCUUCUGACUCCACAGCCACGCCACACACGGCCCCUACCUCCAGGUGGUGGUGUAACACUGCGAGGCUCCGACAGCCAGCUGCACCCCAGAGCUCCUCCUAAACCUCUCAGGGUCUCUACUGUUUUCCCCAACGCCAUACCACCCCCUCCCUCAGACCGAGAUGUAGAUCCCUCAUCUUUCUAUGAUGAAUUGGUCAUACAGGUACCACAGUCGAGGCAGAAAGGCCAUGUGGACCGGCUGCGUGCAGAGGAGAAGUGGCAGAGCCGUGCACGCCUCACAGAGACUUCCUUUGGAUUUUUGGAGGCCCAGAAGCACGAAAAAUCGACACAGCUGCAGCUUGAUAAGAACCUCCAGAAGGCAGGAGAGGAAGUGGAGGACUGGCACUUUGAACGACCACAUAUAGAAACCUCAUCAAGUUUCCAGUUGAACCAGUUUAAAUCGCUGCUCUUGCCGGAGAACAACCGACCUCUGGAGUCCAGCGUUCUGCUCGCCGUCAAAGAGCUCUACAACCCUUCAGACGCCAACACCCUCGCUUUGCACAUGCUCAGUGUAGACUGCCAGGUUGCACGUAUUGUUGGUGUGACCGAUGAGCAGAGGAGGAUUAUGGGAGUCGGUUCUGGGCUGGAGCUCGUCACACUGCCACAUGGACACCAGUUACGACAGGAUUUGCUAGAGAGGCAUCAUCUAAUAAUGCUUGGGGUGGCUGUGGACAUCCUGGGCUGCACAGGGACUGUGAGCCAGAGAGCAACAGUUUUACACAAAAUCAUCUUAUUGGCUCAGGCCCUCAAAGAACACACCCACAACCUCUACUCCUUCUCGGCUGUGAUGAAGGCGCUGGAGAUGCCUCAGAUAGUGCGCUUGGAGAUGACAUGGCGAGCGUUGAGAAGGAAUCACACAGAAAGUGCAGUUUUGUUUGAGAAGAAGCUCAAACCCUUCAUGAAGUCGCUGAAUGAGGGGGACGAUUCAGCCAUUCAGGGUCCAGUUGCUGUGCCUCACCUGGUUCCUCUGUUAAUGGUGAUGGAGGGUGAGGACCCGGUUGAAAACAGCGACCGAGGCUGUCAGGUGCUUUAUGAUGUCCUCCAAUCAGCUCGCACCGCUGCCUUACACGCCCAAGACUAUCAGCAGCAAGCACACUCUCUGCUCACAGCAGGAGGCUGGGAGCCAAUCCCCGAGCUGCUGGAAUCUUUCCGGACCGAGUUUGCCCUGCGGCUGUUCUGGGGUCAGCAGGGAGCAGUCGCAGACAAAAAGGAGCGGUACGAGAAGUUCGACAAGAUUCUCCGAGUCCUGUCAGAUAAACUGGAACCGGUGGAGAUCACCCCACAACAACCAGAAGCUUUGGCUUGAGUCUGCUUCAGGAAGCUGAUGUCAGAACUUUCUGCACAGGGCACAAACAAAAAGAUAAAGAAUCUUGUUUUGGCUGGGCCUCGCUGCUCUGGUUGAAUGAUGAGUUCUUAGUUACAAGACAAGAUUUAUUGGGAAAUUUAAAAUUUCCUGCGUUUGCUGAAGUGUGAGAGACUGUGUGUUUUCUAGACUUUUAAUGAGAAUGUAUGGGGAGACUUUUACUGUGAAAAGGCUUCGAAUUCAUUUUCCUUUUACAGGAAAUCAGGAAAUGUACAUUUUUUCCUCCGUGCUCACUCACGCUUGUUUUGGUGGUUCGGGUGUGCGCUCCAAACACGCUCCGGAUUUGCGUUAAAGUCCCGCCUCCGUUUGAUUGAUAGCAACAGGCAGAUUUUUCCACAGUCUCUUUUAUAAGAUUGAAACUCAAAACGGGAAACUGUCAAUAAUGCGGGACAUGAGUCUCAAUUUGCGGGACACGUGCGGGACUGUCCCGCACAAAGCGGGACAUAAGGUCACCCCUAAGUGUGUAUGUUUCAGGGAAAUGGGUGUGCUUUUAGAAAAAUGGCAUUAUGAUUUUGUAAUCUAAGAUCAAAAGGUUGUUUAUAGUGUUUAAGCAAUCAAGAAAAACUGUAAAACCGAUAAAAAAUGGCCACUAGGGGUGAUAAAGCACAACAGAACUAACAAUUGUCUCUUUAAUCUGUCCAAACUUUGCUAAAACUUCUUGUUUCACAUAAAUAUUUUGCAUCAAUGUUAUAAUAAUAUGUCACUUCACUGCACAUCUUUACAUCUGCCCAGUUUAUCAAAUGAUCCUGUUGAUAAGCACCUUUCUCAGAUGAAUGCUGUUUACUUGUUUACACCUCUGACCAUAAUGAUGAAAAAUUGUCACACUAAAUAAUACUUUCCCAGAGGGUUGUCUGCAGCUUGGUUUACACCCAUAGCUACAGGUAGGUGCAGCCCAAAGCAUUUAGCAUUGCAUUAGAAAAAACACUUUAUUGUAAUGUUUGAUACAAAAGAUGUUACAUUAAUGCUGGAAGUACAUCAGGAGAGAAUUACAGGAAUAAAUGGGAUACCACUCA